ACUCACCACAGGAACGUAAAAGGGAGCAGUGAGCUGUUGUGUGCUGCACUCGGACUGCACGGUAUAUGGAUCUGCAACAAUGAAGACCACUGCUGCUAAGAAUGAGAUUAAUUUCUUAAACUCUUCUCUCAAUACUGGGUUUGAGAUGCCUUUGACUCUACGGGAGAACCUCACGUCCGCCAUACACGGGGCGUUUGAGGUAGCGGUGGAAAUCGCAGUUCUCGAGGUGACCAAAUUGAUGUCUGUUGCUACUGGGGACAUGUAUGACAAGAUGCGACAGGAGAAUGAGACGCUAAAGGAAGAAUUACAAAAAGCCCAAGCUAUAAUAGACUCUGUGCGUGGUAAAGGUAGAAAUAAUGCCUCUAAAAUGAACCAACUUGUGCAAGACGACUCUGCAUUAAAUAUAACAACACACGAUGACAACGAUGUCCAAAAUAGAAAAGAGACUUAUUCUGCUGAUCAGCCUCUGUCCAGCGUGCAUCAAGAGGACGAAAAAGACGCACAAUAUGAUACAAGCGAAGAUGAUGCUGAUUUAGGAUCACAUGGACAAGAAACUCAUUUGGCAAAUGCAUGUGUUGAAGCUACGCAGACUAAAAAUUCUCUCAAAAAAUCAAAUGUCACAGAAACCAAUGAAGAAAUGCCCCUAUAUUGUGCCGUGAAAGUGGAAAAAAAUAAUAACCCGCCCUGUAUUGGUGAGAAAAGCGAAGCCCACAGUCUACCAGUGACUUUUCCUGACAAUUCUGCACGUCAGCUGGUCAAAGUCAAGCUGGAGAAACCAGAGGAAGAACUAAUUUCUUCAAAUUUUCUGGUAGACUCGUUUAAAGAGGAAGUAAUUUCACAACUUCAGUCAGAAAUACUGGAAGAGUGGACACCAGGAGGGUCUCAUUAUGAAAGUGAAGAACAAAAUGAGACAUUAUCAGCUCAUAGUCAAGCACGUGGUCAUCCUUCAAAUAUGGACUUCAAUCUAGACCUGGCCCUCGAGUCUUCAUCUGUUAAUGCGGACUUUCCAGUUCAUGGGACUGAUCAUCAAGCUCCAUCUCAAGAACAUCGUCCCCCUCAUAUCUAUGGAGGUCCUGUCCGUCGUAAUCAGGGUAACGCCAAAUCAAGUCUUCACACCUGCAGGUUGUGUGGCCAGACUUUCCCUUUGCCCAGCUUGCUAAGGCGCCACUAUGGUCAAUGUCAGCAGAAACUCAGCCAGCGUAUCUAUGUCCCAGCGGUUGGAGGUAAACGGACUAAACUCCAGCUCUACCCCCCUGGCUGCAGCCCUUUUCGGUGUCCAGAAUGCAACCGUGAAUUUAACCGCAUGGAAAAUCUUAAAACGCACCUUCGUAUUCAUACAGGAGAGCGGCCAUAUAAGUGCUCUGUUUGCUCUACAGCCUUCAGGCACUCAGGAGCUCUAACUCGACACUUCCGAAUCCAUACAGGAGAGAAGCCCUAUGUGUGUGGGCUUUGUGGAAAAUCCUUUAGAAACUGUGGUGGACUAAAAUUUCAUCAGCGUUCACACAACAAACAGCUGCAGAGUUGAAGAAUAGACAAGAAGGUGACCGUCUACUUCAGCUUACCAGGGACAGAUUCUAUCUAUGGGUUUCUGAAAACAAAAUAUAUGUUUUGAAUGGAAAAAGUCCCCAAAAUAUUGCAUAUACCAGGAAGCUGAAUUGGUUGUUUGUUUUCAGUUUCAGAUGUUAAACCAGCAGAUGGGGCAGAAGGCAGUUUUUGCAUUCAUGGUUUCACCAAAAUGAAGAUUUAGGACUGUCGGCAUAGCAUUAAAUAAUUCAAAACUAAAAAAAUUAUAUCUUGGUUAUAAAUGGAAUGGUUAUAAAAAGUCCCCAAAAUGGUGUCUAACAUGAAGAGGGCAUGUGACCUUUUUACAUGAUACAUUUUAACAAGUCUAUAUUUUAUUAUUGAGCAGGGGGUAGAUGUUUUAACCUGCCUUAUGGUUAAGUCUGUAAUUCCUGAGUGUUUAUAAAACUUGUCAGUUGAAUUUUCUAGCCACAAGAUUUACAUGGACAAUUUGUCACUUGAACAUUCUCUGGUCCCAUAAAAUUGGAUAGGUCCUCGCCCUUCACCUCAAAAUAAAACAAAAAAUUCAAGAAUGGUGAAAAUAUAGAUACACAAAUGAUCAAGCAUAUCAAUUAUCUGAGGUUGGGUCGAUACCAAACCUCGAAUUUGCACAGUAUUAAUUUCACCUACCCUAUCGCAAUUCAGCAUAGACUAAUGGAAUGCUGUAAUAUCAUCUGGAACACACAUUUCACAUCUAAUUAAUCCUUUCAUUGUAGAUGCUGAUUAACCUAAAAGUAGAUUUGGCCCUUGGUCUUGAUAUACCUGCUCAGUUUGUCGCAGGGUUGGGCAAAUGCAUGACCAUAAUUGUUGGUAAUUGGACUGGAGGAUUCACAGACAUGUACUAUUCUAUUAAUUCACGAUGGACCUUUGCUUUGUAAAUAAUGUUGCUGUAUUGUUAUUUUUAAAUAAAACAUACUGUACAACUA